ACAGAGAAAACCACACUUCCCAGAGUGCACCGCCCCCGCAACGGCCUUAGGGUCGGCCUCGGGCUCCCGGAGCCAUCUUUGUGGGGUGAGGAGGCGGCGCGGCCUGGGACCAUGGCGCUCUUCCCCGCCUUUGCGGGUGUCGCCGAGGCUCCGGACGGCGGGAGGAAAGAAUUAGACUGGCUGAGCAACCCAAGCUUCUGUGUUGGAGCCAUAACAUCUCUGAGCCGACAAUCUCAAGAGGCCACCGCAGCCCCUGUUUCUGAAGGGUCACCGCUGACAAGGAGUCCUCUGAAAUCAGAGCCUUCAGAUGAAAGUGACACUAACAGAAAGCCCAGAGAAACAAGCAGAAAAAAGAAGAAAGAGAAAAAGAAGAAAAGGAAGCUUCUGCGCCACAAGAAAACCAAGAGAAAACGUGGGUCGUCAGGUAGCAGUGGGUCUGAGUCAGACACUGAUUCUGAAAAGGACAGACCUUCCAGAAGCGUCAGAGACAGUAAAAGAGAAUCAGAGAAACAGAAUCAAGGAAAUAAUGCUGCCGCGGUUACCGGACGUCACUGUGUUUGGCUUGAGGACAUCCAGGCUCUGACGGGAGAAACCUUCCGAAUGGAUAAGAAACCGGAUCCUGCCAACUGGGAGUACAAGUCUCUUUACCGAGGAGACAUUGCCAGAUACAAGAGGAAAGGAGACUCCUGCCUCGGCCUCAACCCGAAGAAGCAGUGUGUAUCUUGGGAGGGGACUUCCACAGAAAAGAGGCGUUCCCGCAAGCACGUGGAGCGCUACUUUACGAAGAAGAGCGUGGGGUUAAUGAACGUGGAGGGCCUCGCCGUCAGCAGGCAGCCCGGAGCUCCGUCGUCGGAGCCGCUCUCCUUUAUCCCGGUGAAGGGCGUGGACGACGCGGCUCCCCCUGCUACCAGCUGGCUGAACCCUCUGGGGAUUUACGAUCAAGCCACUACACAGUGGUUACAGGGACAGGGUCCUUCAGAGCAGGAGUCCAGGCCACCAGACUCACAGCCCGACAGAGAGGGCGCGCUCCUCAAGGCCAGGGUGGAGGAGUUUAACAGGAAGGUUCACGAGAACCCUCGGGACACAGAGCUGUGGAUGGCCUUUGUUGCUUUCCAGGACGAGGUCAUGAGAAGACCGGGCCUCUAUGCCGUGGAGGAAGGAGAGCCGGAGACACGGAAGCGGUCCCUGCGGCUGGUCCUGGAGAAGAAGCUGGCCAUCCUGGAGCGGGCCAUCGAGAGCAACCCGAGCAGCGUGGACCUGAAGCUCGCCAAGCUGAAGCUCUGCACCGAGUUCUGGGAGGCCACCACUCUGCUCAAAGAGUGGCAGAAACUGAUCUUCUUACAUCCCAACAACACAGCCCUCUGGCAGAAAUACCUGUUGUUUUGCCAGAGCCAGUUCAGCACCUUCUCUGUAUCAAAAAUUCAGAGUCUGUACGGGAAGUGCUUGAGCACCCUGUCCGCCGUGAGGGAUGGCAGCAUCGUCUCCCACCCUGAGCUGCCCGGCACCGAGGAGGCCAUGUUUGCCCUCUUCCUCCAGCAGUGCCACUUCCUGCGGCAGGCUGGCCACACCGAGAAGGCCGUGUCUCUCUUCCAGGCCAUGGUUGACUUCACGUUCUUCAAGCCUGACAGUGUGAAGGGCCUGCCCACCAAAGGCCAGGUGGAGUUCUUUGAGCCCUUCUGGGACAGCGGCGAGCCCCGGGCCGGGGAGAAGGGCGCCCGGGGCUGGAGAGCCUGGAUGCACCAGCAGGAGCGGGGCGGCUGGGUGGCCGUCGGCCCAGAUGAUGACGACGAGGAGCCGGCGGACGAGGACCAGGAGAUUAGAGACAAGACGCUGCCCCGCUGGCAGAUCUGGCUGGCCGCCGAGCGGUCCCGAGACCGCAGACACUGGCAGCCGUGGCGCCCGGACAAGGCCAGGCAGCAGACGGAGGAAGACUGCGAGGACCCCGAGAGACAGGUGUUGUUUGACGAUCUCGGCCAGUCUCUGAUCCGACUGUCCAGCCCGGAUCUCCAGUUUCAGCUGAUUGCGGCCUUCCUGCAGUUCCUGGGGGUGCCUUCCGGCUUCCGCGCCCCCGCCUCCUGCCUCUAUCUGGCCAUGGACGAGAACAGCAUCUUCGACAACGAACUUUAUGACGAAAAGCCCUUGACUCUCCCCGACCUCUCCUGCUCUGGCGUCGGCUGUGUGGGCUGCAUGGAGCCUCUGGGCGGCCGGCGCUGGCCCCGGGGUCCCAGUCGAGAGGGCGAGGAGUUCAUCCGCAACGUCUUCCACCUGGUGCUGCCUCUGUUUGCAGGCAGGGAGCAGUCUCAGCUCUGCGUCUCCUGGCUACAGUACGAGAUCACCAAGGUCAUUUGGUGCCUGCACACUAAAAACAAGAAGAGAUUAAAGUCACAAGGAAAGAACUGCAGAAAACUAGCCAAGAAUCUCCUCAAGGAGCCGGACAACCGCAACAGCUUCUGCCUCUGGCAGCAGUAUGCGCUUCUGGAGUGGUUGCUGGGCAACACAGAGGACGCCCGGAAGGUCUUCGACGCAGCCCUGGGCACCGCAGGGAGCCGGGGCCUGGAGGACCCGGAGCUCUGCGAGCUCGGCCUGCUCUACGGUGCGCUGGAGGCGGAGCUGUCGCCGCCCGUGGGCGGGGCCGCCCCAGCCCGGGCCGUGCACGUGCUGACCCGGCUGACUGAGCGCGGCCCCUACGCGCCCUGCACGGGACCGGUCUCGGCCGUGCGCGUUCUGAAGGCUCGGAAGGCAUACGAGCACGCGCUGCAGGGCCAUCUAGGGGAGCGCGGGCCUGACCCGGGCCCCCCUGGCCGCGGCAGCCGCCUGGUCAGCCUGGCGAAGUGCUUCAUGCUCUUCCAGUACCUGACCGUCGGGGUCCAGGCCGCUGGGCGCGUCUAUGAGCAGGUGUCUGCGGAGCUCCGGGGCUCUGUCUCCGCGGAGGGCGCCGGCCUGGAGGGCGCCCUGGAGGCCGUCACCCUGAUGCACACCAGCCUGCUCAGGUUCCACAGCAGGGUUGCUGCCCACCCACUGGCUCCGCUGCGAGAGGCGCUCUCAGAGGCUUUACGGUUGUACCCGGGCAACCAGCUUCUCUGGAGGGCGUACGUGCAGAUUCAAGGCAAGUCGCACAGCGCCAGCAGGACCAGAAGAUUCUUCCACACCAUCACCAGGUCCACCGAACUCCUGGAGCCGUGGCUGUUUGCGAUUGAAGCGGAGAGGAUGCGGAAGAGGCUGGUGGACGCCGUGCAGAGGGUGGACGGUAGAGAGGUCCAUGCCACCCUUCCUGAGACCGGCCUGACGCACCGGAUCAGAGCCCUGUUUGAGAGCGCCGUGCGGAGUGACCACGGGAGCCAGUGCCCCUUGCUGUGGAGGAUGUACCUGAGCUUCCUGGUUUCCUUAGGAAAUAAAGAAAGAAGCAAAGGUGUGUUCUACAAAGCACUGCAGAAUUGUCCUUGGGCAAAGGCGCUGUACCUGGACGCCGUGCAGUACUUCCCCGACGAGGUGCAGGAGGUCGUGGACCUGAUGACGGAGAAGGAGCUGCGGGUGCGCCUGCCGCUCGAGGAGCUGGAGCUGCUGCUGGAGUAGACGCCGGGGCGGGGCCUGCCCCGAGACAGGGCACGCGCGCGCCCAGACCUCUGCCCUGAAGGCUCCUCCCUGACGGUGUGUCUGGGCUCAGGCUCCCCCCUGGACAGUGUGCGCAUGUGAAACGGCGCACAGCUGCUUUGCACACGAUACAUGUGAACGUGUGUCUAUACGUGCAGACAAGAAUCACGCCGAGGCUGCCGUGGCUGGUGCGGGUCCUUCUGGCCCACCCUCCCCUGCACAGCCCGGGUGAAGGUCCUCCUGUGGGCGUCCUUGGGGACCCUGCCAAGCCUCCUGGCUCUUGCAGUCAGAAGAAAGGUCUGGUUACUCACCAGGCCCUCCUGCCUGUGGCUGGUGAGCCGAGUCUGCCGUUCCUUCAGACCAGAGCAGCUUGGAGUCGUGUGAAGCUUGGAGUCUUCAGCUGCAUUACACGUGUCCUUCCUGUUUCCGGAGCUCCACUCGCGGACGUUUCACCUGCAGACCCGGCAGCCAGCGUCGCCGGAAGCUUGCGUGCGCGGAGACCCCGGGCCCGCCCGGCCCUGCGGAGUCCGAUGGGGCUGUAGGAGGGCCCAGUGUCAGGGGACUGAACAAAUCAGGACCCCGCUGCAGGGGAGGGGGCCCGGGUCCAACUGCGGAGAGCGCGGCCUGCUCCUCCCCGGCAAGUCUCUGCCUCAGAAGACGCCGAACUUUCGCUUUCAACCGCGCGCUCAUUCCGAUUUCCAAGAGCGGUGAUCCACAGCCGAUGGAGUGGAAAUGCUUUUGUCUUCUCCGAGGUCCUGCUUUUUAAAACACAGUGGACUUCUCCGCGUUGCGUUUCUUCUUAAAUCAUGCCCCCCAGAACUGCUGAAAGCGAAUUUCCUUGGCUCCUCAUCCAGAAAAGCGGGUGUUGUGGAACCUGGGCUAGAAACGGCCGUCCGUCCAGGGAGAAGGGGCCCGUUCUCCAGUGGGUCGCUGGGUCUCGGGGCUCUGAGGCUGAACUGAGCAGAGGCGAGGAGAGCGCGGGGCAGAGGGAGCCAGGCGAGGGGCGGCGCCUGUGCUUCCGAACGAGGGAGGGGCGCCGACCUCCGCAGGGCUGCCCUGGGGGUCUUCAGCCGCGCCCCUUGGAAAUUCCAUUGGGAACCCCAUCUCAGCAGCACCAGACCCUCCUUCUUGCCCCAGACCCUCCAAGGGCAGCCCCGGCUGGUGGGGGGUCGCAGCCUUUGUUGCCUCCACAGCAGGGGUGGCUGGCCGUGGGCUCACAAGCCAGCAGCUGCUGUUUUAGAGCUGGCGCCGCCUCGGCGCUGUGCCGCAGGGGCAGCAGAGACCCAGUCGGCAGUGCCCUGGUCCCCAGAGGCUUCCCCACACCUGGGCCCACCCACUCCUCUGCCCAAGCACCCAGCGUGUGGACAGGACUCCGUGUUACAGAAAGCACGCUUUAUUGGGACGCAGGCAGCCUGCCAGGGCCCUACACACUGCGCUUGGGAGGAACACGAGACGCUCUGCCAACCGUGGCCAGCAGGCACGGGCGCCCAGGCAGCCUCCCUCCCAACCUCACCCCUCCAGGGCCCGGGACCCUCCCCGCCUCUCCCGGAAGGCCACUCUGGCCCUCUAGAGAUAGAGCCCCUCGGGGGUGCCUUCCUGUUUUUUAUAAAGAACGUUUUCCUUGGACUUCUUGAA